AUGUCACAAACAACAAAACGACGCAGCAUCCGUUUCGGCAAAGAAGGUCCUGCCGCUUCCAUUCGGACGGGAUCAAAAUCCACCAGUGAUCUUCGACAACUCUCUCUCAAUUCCUUCCUCAAAACACACGAUUCCUUGUCCAUGCCAGCAACAGCAUCCUCGAGACGCGUUACUGAUCACUCGCCUUCACAAAAGAAACUCGCUUCCCCAAAGACAACACCAGCAUCUCCAACACCCGAUCACAGCCAACUAUUAAAAGGCGUUGUGGCAUGUCUUGAUAUAAGGACAGAAGAUGGGGAUGAUGUCUCUGAGAACUUUGAACGAGCAUUACAGUCUAUGGGUGCCAAGACACGCCGUACCUUUUCAGAUUCUGUUACGCACCUCGUAUUCAAGAAUGGAUCCAACGCUACGCUGAAGAAAGCAUUAAGCAAGAAAAUCCACAUUGUAAACUUGCUUUGGAUUACACGGUGCAAACGAGAAGGACGCCGCUUGGAAGAAAAGGAAUUUCUUAUAGAAAGUCCACAAGGCAUUGUUCUGGCAGGCAAGAAACGACGUAAAUCCAUGGAGCCUGGAAAGGUUAAAGCAUUGAAUGAAGAAGAAGCAUCCGAUAAGCGAAAACGGGCACGAUCCACGAUUGGAGGAAAUGGAUUACCAUCCAAAGGAGGAUCAACAUUAUUACAACAACAGCAACAGCGACAUAGCUCUGCUCAUGAAUAUCGGCCAUCAACGUUAUCACAAUCCCUUCUCAAGCUUGAAGCAUCCACCAGCAAUAGUACCACAGAUAGCAGCAAUACGAAUACUACCGACAAAAGUACAUCUAAUUCACAUGAGGAGCAACAAGAAUUAGAUGAGGUUGCAGAAAGAGUACGGCGAGAAUUGGAAGGAGAGGAUAUAGACUUGACACCACCAGCAUCACCUGUGUUAUCACGGCCUCACCUAUCAACAGCUGCCUUGGAGAGGCAACAGCAACAGCAACAGCAACAGCAACAAGAACAAGCAGCAGCAGCAGCACAAGCUCAGAAACCCGUAGUGACAAAGGAAAUGCGUGAGCGUAAUGAACAAAUCAAGGCCCAAAUUAAGGCUGAUUUCUUUGUUGGCGACACUGCACCACCGCCUGUGAAAUCAUCUCGGCAGUCAUUAGGCUCAUCCAACACAACUCCUCUUCGACGAAAACGACGUUCGUUGGGUGGCAAUCUUUCCAGACCCAAUCUCUCAACAUCCUCAUCAUCAUCCUCUACAACGACUGCCUCCACGAACAAUAAUACAUCCACCACAGCAACCACAACCACAGCAACCGCCGCCACAGCAACACCCAUGCCACCACCAUCCCAACCACAACCGCCGCAACCAAAACCAUCACAACAGCCACAACCAUCAUCAUCAUCAUUGUCUUCGUCAAAACCUGCCACUAUCGACGGCGACGCAUCUUCAUCCAAUUCAGCACAUACAAUGAAGACACGUAGUAGUAAUCCAAAACCAACCAUUGUUAUGACAUCCAUGAGCAAAGGAGAACGUGAUCGAUGUGCUGCAGCUAUCAAGAGAAUGGGUGUGUAUGAAGUCGCCACAACUGUGGAUGAAAGGACUACACACGUGAUUGUGGGUAAACGGCGACGCACAGUGAGCGUGUUAUAUGGUCUACUCUUUGGCGCAUGGCUAGUGAAGCCUACGUGGAUCUUUGACAGUGAGCGUAACAAGGAGUAUCUAUCCGAGUCAGAAUAUGAAGUUAUCGACUAUUAUCCUGAUGCUCCACGUGCAAGGCAACAAAAACCCUUUUUACCAUCCAAUUUGGAUAUCUUUGUCCACUCAGCACACAUCCUCGAUACCAAUUCCAUCAAGACAUUAAUUCAUAAAGCAAAGGGCCGUACCGUCGACGAUAUCAGUCAAGCUGAUCUUAUUAUCAGUAAACAUCCAUUGGAGACCACUAACAAGAUGACAAUCAACGAAAAUUGGAUAUUGGAUUGCAUUGAACGAUGGAGAUAUCUACCGACCGAGCCUUAUAGCAUAAAGAAGAAGACCAAUGUAACAUAA